UUGUUUGUUUUGACUGGGGGCUUUUUAUUUUUAUUACUCUCCUUAUCCUUCCCCGCUGAGCAGCAGCGGCGGCGGCAGCAGCAAUAUGGCUGGUGAUGGGCUUUUUGGGGGGCGCUGGCGGCGGGAGGAGCUCUCGGAAGCCCCUGCGCGCCCGGCUCGCUGUUAGCUAUGGCAAAUGGCAGCGGCGGCGGCUCCUACCCGGGCGGCAGCGGCAGCGGCAUUAGAAUGAGUAACAAUAUCAACGCCAACAAUCUCAACACAGACUCGUCCUCCUCCCCCGUCAAUGUGCCCAAGAUGGAUGCGCUCAUCAUCCCGGUGACCAUGGAGGUGCCCUGCGAUAGCCGCGGACAGCGCAUGUGGUGGGCUUUCCUCGCCUCAUCCAUGGUUACUUUCUUUGGGGGACUGUUUAUCAUCCUGCUGUGGAGGACCCUCAAGUACCUGUGGACUGUCUGCUGCCACUGCGGGGUCAAAAACAAGGAGGCCCAGAAGAUCAAUGGUGGUGGAGAUACACAGGCAGAUGGAGCCUGCAAACCAACAGAUGAAAAAGAGGAGAAUGUGGCAGCAGAAGUGGGAUGGAUGACGUCUGUGAAGGAUUGGGCAGGAGUCAUGAUAUCUGCCCAGACAUUAACUGGCAGAGUACUUGUUGUCUUAGUCUUCGCUCUUAGUAUUGGUGCUCUUGUAAUAUACUUCAUAGAUUCAUCAAAGAGCCGUACAGCAGACUCAUUGAUCCCAAUAGAAUCCUGCCAGAAUUUCUACAAAGAUUUCACAUUACAGAUCGACAUGGCUUUCAAUGUGUUCUUCCUACUCUACUUUGGCUUGCGUUUUAUAGCAGCCAAUGACAAGCUAUGGUUUUGGCUAGAAGUUAACUCAGUGGUAGAUUUCUUCACGGUCCCUCCAGUAUUUGUGUCAGUAUAUUUAAACAGAAGUUGGCUUGGUUUAAGGUUUUUAAGAGCCCUUAGACUGAUACAGUUCUCAGAAAUCUUGCAGUUUCUGAAUAUACUUAAAACAAGUAAUUCCAUCAAGCUAGUGAAUCUGUGCUCUAUAUUUAUCAGCACGUGGCUGACAGCAGCUGGGUUCAUACAUUUGGUGGAGAACUCAGGGGAUCCAUGGGAAAAUUUCCAAAAUAAUCAACCGCUAACAUAUUGGGAAUGUGUUUAUUUGCUGAUGGUUACAAUGUCCACUGUUGGCUACGGAGAUGUUUAUGCAAAAACAACCCUUGGUCGCCUUUUCAUGGUCUUCUUCAUCCUUGGGGGACUGGCCAUGUUUGCCAGCUACGUCCCUGAAAUCAUAGAGUUAAUAGGAAACCGCAAGAAAUAUGGUGGUUCCUAUAGUGCGGUUAGUGGAAGAAAGCACAUAGUUGUCUGUGGUCACAUAACACUUGAAAGUGUGUCGAACUUCCUGAAGGACUUCCUGCACAAGGAUAGGGACGAUGUCAAUGUAGAAAUCGUCUUUCUGCAUAAUAUCUCCCCUAACCUUGAGCUGGAAGCUCUUUUUAAACGACACUUCACUCAGGUGGAAUUUUAUCAGGGUUCAGUCCUUAAUCCCCAUGACCUGGCAAGAGUGAAGAUAGAGUCAGCAGACGCGUGCCUAAUCCUUGCCAAUAAAUACUGCGCUGACCCAGAUGCUGAAGAUGCCUCCAAUAUUAUGAGAGUUAUUUCCAUAAAGAAUUAUCAUCCGAAGAUAAGAAUUAUCACUCAGAUGUUGCAGUACCACAAUAAGGCCCAUCUACUAAAUAUCCCAAGCUGGAACUGGAAAGAAGGGGAUGAUGCAAUCUGUCUUGCUGAGCUGAAGCUGGGUUUCAUAGCCCAGAGCUGCCUGGCACCGGGCCUUUCAACAAUGUUAGCCAACCUCUUCUCUAUGAGGUCAUUCAUAAAGAUUGAGGAGGAUACGUGGCAGAAAUACUACCUGGAAGGAGUUGCAAAUGAAAUGUAUACAGAAUAUCUGUCUAGUGCCUUUGUGGGUUUGUCCUUCCCUGCAGUUUGUGAACUGGUGUUUGCGAAACUAAAGCUCUUAAUGAUAGCCAUAGAAUACAAGUCGGAAAAGCGCGAAAGCAGAAGCCGAAAGCGUAUAUUAAUCAAUCCUGGAAACCACGUCAAGAUUCAAGAAGGUACCUUAGGAUUCUUCAUUGCAAGUGAUGCCAAAGAAGUAAAAAGGGCAUAUUUUUACUGCAAGGCCUGUCAUGAUGACAUCACGGAUCCAAAAAGGAUAAAAAAAUGUGGCUGCAAACGGCUAGCCACAAGGAGAGCAAAGCACAUGGAAAGCAUGCCUGAUGUGGAAGGAAUGUAUGCAUUGCCUAACAUAUUGGAAAAAAAUUGUUCAAGAACAGUUUAUCCAUGUGAGAAUGUGACCUUUGAACUGCUGCCAAAGCCAAUGAGUCUGCUGAUUGAAGAUGAGCAGCCGUCGACACUAUCACCCAAAAAAAAGCAGCGAAAUGGAGGCAUGCGAAAUUCACCCAACUCCUCACCCAAACUGAUGAGGCAUGACCCCUUGUUAAUUCCUGGCAACGAGCAGAUUGACAAUAUGGAUGCCAACGUGAAAAAAUAUGAUUCUACAGGGAUGUUUCAUUGGUGUCCAGCCAAAGACAUUGAAAAGGUCAUUUUGACUCGAAGUGAAGCAGCGAUGACAGUUUUAAGUGGGCAUGUAGUCGUUUGCAUAUUUGGGGAUGUUAAAUCUGCUUUGAUUGGAUUAAGAAAUUUAGUGAUGCCAUUACGAGCCAGCAACUUUCACUACCAUGAACUCAAGCAUAUUGUGUUUGUGGGUUCACUUGAAUACCUGAGAAGGGAAUGGGAGACACUGCAUAACUUCCCCAAGGUUUCAAUCUUGCCUGGUACACCAUUAAGUCGGGCUGAUUUAAGGGCUGUCAACAUCAACCUCUGCGACAUGUGCGUUAUCCUGUCAGCCAAUCAGAAUAAUAUUGAUGAUGCUUCGCUGCAGGACAAGGAAUGCAUCUUGGCGUCACUCAACAUCAAAUCUAUGCAGUUUGAUGACAGCAUUGGGGUCUUGCAGGCUAAUUCCCAAGGCUUUACACCCCCUGGGAUGGAUAGGACAUCUCCAGACAACAGUCCAGUGCAUGGCCUUUUACGUCAACCCUCCAUUACAACAGGAGCCAACAUCCCUAUCAUAACAGAGCUAGCUAAGCCUGGCAAACUUCUGCCUUUGGUUUCAAUCAGUCAGGAAAAAAACAGUGGAACCCACAUUCUAAUGAUAACUGAACUGGUAAAUGAUUCAAAUGUUCAGUUCUUGGACCAAGAUGAUGAUGAUGAUCCCGACACAGAACUGUACCUCACGCAGCCCUUUGCAUGUGGAACCGCAUUUGCUGUCAGCGUGCUGGACUCUCUCAUGAGCGCAACAUACUUCAAUGACAAUAUCCUCACACUGAUACGGACAUUGGUAACAGGAGGAGCCACACCAGAGCUGGAAGCACUGAUUGCUGAGGAAAAUGCAUUGAGAGGAGGUUACAGCACGCCCCAGACACUUGCAAACAGGGACAGGUGUCGAGUUGCUCAGUUGGCUUUGUAUGAUGGGCCAUUUGCAGACCUAGGGGAUGGAGGAUGUUAUGGAGAUCUAUUCUGUAAAGCACUGAAAACAUACAAUAUGCUUUGCUUUGGAAUUUAUCGAUUAAGGGAUGCACAUCUAAGUACUCCCAGCCAAUGCACUAAACGUUACGUUAUCACAAACCCACCAUACGAAUUUGAGCUCGUGCCGACGGACUUGAUCUUCUGUUUGAUGCAAUUUGACCACAACGCUGGCCAGUCCCGAGCCAGUCUCUCUCAUUCCUCCCAUUCCUCCUACUCUUCCAGCAAGAAGAGCUCAUCAGUUCACUCCAUCCCGUCAACAGCAAACCGACCGAACCGCACCAAGACCAGGGAUUCCCGGGACAAACAGAAUGCAACAAGGAUGAAUAGAAUGGGCCAAGCAGAAAAGAAAUGGUUUACAGAUGAGCCGGAUAAUGCCUAUCCCAGAAACAUUCAAAUCAAGCCCAUGAGCACUCACAUGGCCAAUCAGAUCAAUCAAUAUAAAUCGACAAGCAGCUUGAUACCACCAAUACGAGAAGUUGAAGAUGAAUGUUGACUCCUUCGAAGCCAGAACUAUUUUUUUAAAGCCUGACAAACUUCAUGAAUGGUGAUGUGACAUUUAUUCCUCUUACUUGCUGAACCACUGAUGGAGAAGUUAAGAAGGGCACGCUUAAUGGGAAAAUAAAGUAGACAGAUCUUUGUUUGUCUGCCUUUAAUAUUGCUUCCACGUAUUUUGGAAACUAUUUCAUUUAUAAAUGAACAUAAUCAAAACUAGUCAUGUAUAGCCUCUAGCAUUUUAAAUUAUUUUUAUUUAUUAGAAAAAAUAUAUUUUUCUUUUUUUUUUUUUUUCAUUGUUAAGUAUUUUCCCUUAAAAAAACAGCAUAUGUGGCCAGACUCCUAAGAAUUAAAAAUCCCAACAAACCCUCAGUCUUUGGCUUAAAGGAGAAUGAUGGUCACAGUUAUAAGGAUAUGUAAUUAAGGGAGACAAAUGAUAUAUUUACAAAAAGGAAAAAAAAGGUCCAACUUGUAUUUUAGUAAAUCAAAAAAAAAAAAGAAGAAAAAAAAACCAACAACACUUCACCAAAAUGUUUCUUUAUCAGAAGAUGUGUAUUUUGUUCAGCAUUGACACCAGCUCUUAAUAAAUUGAACUUAUUUAUUUUCAGAGUUGAAAGUCAUAUUUUUGUACAUGUAACAUUCUUCUGAAAUAUUCUUUGUUUUAUAUAGCUCAUCUUGACUGCCAGUUACCUGAAGGUCCAGUGACGCCCCCACUGUCCCCUGCCCCUUCUCACGGUCCCACACACAGAAACCCCUGGGGAACGCUCUGUCACACAGGCACAGGGAAUGUCACCACCCCAGCCAAGGGCAUGGAUGGAAGGGGCAGCUGCUGGAAAUGGCAGAUCUGGCAAUUGCAUUUCCCACUAGCCAUCAGCAGUUGCGAAUUUCAGGAAGGCAAGCUUGGCAAUUCUUCUUUUGCCAUGUGCUUUGGUCCAGAGUGGAUGCAAUGGUGCAUGGAAGUGUAUAAACCAUCUCACCUACCACGUGUUGUUCCUUCCUUACUUCAGAAGUGCUGAUGGCCUUUCAUUGCCCUGAGAUGGUACAAAUUCUUCCUGAUAUCUAUAGAGAUGGAGCUCCAGGUCCUUGCAUUUCGGUGACAGCUCAUACCCUGGUAAAGGGCACACUGAAUCUCCUUUUGGUGAAUUCAGGAUAAAAAACUGGUUUAGCCUCAGCUCUACAAUCUCACAAUGUGCUGUCCUCAGUUAAUUCCAACAAUAAGCAACAUUUUAUUUUAGCAGUUGUUUUUCUGGUUUUUUGUUUGGUUUUUUUUUCUUUUAUUUAUUUUUACUUUGCUGGGACACCACACACAAAAGAACAGUAAUAACCAAAUCAAAAUAAUAAAAGUGAUGAAUGUAUUUAUUAUGAUGACAUACAAAAGGCCUUUGAUGGGUGCCUUUUGUGUCAGCAGUUUCACAAAGUUGCCAACAAGCUUUAUAGCCAUCAGACAAAAAUGUGAUGUUUCAUAUCUGUGCUGCAGUAUCUACCCAACCAAGCAUUUAUGUUCUGAAUGAUUUAGUAACUAACUCUAUCUCAAAUAAGCAACAUCUGACACAAUUGUGUGGAAAAAAAAAAGGAAAGGCUGUAAUAAUAUGGAAACAAGAACCAAAACUGCAAAACCAGAGUCAUCAGGAAAAACAGAUUUUCAUUGUGCAAGUCAACUUUAGGCUUUGUAAUUUUGCAGAAUUGUUAAACACCACAAUUAAACAUACAGUGGUAUUUUUAUCAUUAGAGAAAUAUCAGUGAAUCAAACAAAUACAAAGCAGACGAUGAAUUUAUUGUGAAAACAAUGAUGUCCACUAUAUAAUCCAACAUUUAAGCCAAACUAUCUCAGCUUUAAUGUUUGUCCACUGGCUGCAGUACAAGUAUAACCAUACUAACACCUAAUAGGCUUUAUUCUGGAGUGACUUCUUGGACUGUGACUAUUUUGUUGUUACAUUUUGUAGAAUAAAUAUUUAAAGACAAUAACAAGAAUUGUUAAUACAGUAUCUGUAAAAUUGGAUUGUUUAAAAUACUUCACUCUCCUACAGAGUAACAAAACAAUACAAGCAGUUUUUCAUUAUUAUUUAGAUCCAUGUUUAAUGCAUUUCACAGUCCUGAAAAGAGAAGAUAAUUCCAGUGAGUUCUUCCAACAUAUGCUGCUUCAGCUAGUGACACGCUAUAAUUUACAUCCAGUUUCUGCAUUGGGUCAUGUUAAGCCUUUUCUUUGAGGUCAGUGCUCCUUUUUCAUUUAUGAACUGCAUUCAUGUUAAAACCAGAAUAAAAAAAGCUGGUCCUGAGUACUGGAGAAUUUUAGAAAUUUGUUAUUCAACCUCACCAAAAGUAUAUGAAUUUUAAUUUUUUUCCUGAAAAGAUUAGUGUUUACUCUAGGGGCAUAGAACAUUAUAUCUUAUACCUUAUCAUAUACAGUGCCACUUCUGUGUGUCCUUCCUUCAGAAGGGAGCAUCACUGGGUAAAACAUAAUGAUGAAUCAAAUACAGCAGCCCUACACAGCUAAGGUUUGUGUGUCUCUGUCCAGUUUAACUGUCACACCCCAAAAUCCCGGGCUACUGCUGUAAAUAAAGGUCAAGACCUGAACACACUCCCGAGCUCUUCUGGCACAGAUAGCUCCAUAUGCAGGGGUUGGUAGAACAACACCCAUAGAGAGCAAACAAGACAGACAGAAACAGGCAGAGCUAUGGGUCUACACUUCACAUUUCUAGAAAAGCCAAAAUCAGUAGUAUUGUCUUAGUCCUGUUUUUGAUAAUCAGAGAUGCAGAACUGAUGUUUGGAAAGUAGGCUGAGGAACAGAUAGAAAACCUGUUGAGGAUCUUUGAUAUUCAGCCAUUAUAAAUUACAAUGUGGCCAGCACCUUGGAUAUAUAUGGAUAUAUGAAUUUACAUCAAAGCUGGGAAAAUGCUGGGAAAUGACAAAAUGACAGCUAAAUGACCUAAAUGACAGCUGACAGACCGCAUGAUGACUGAUAUAGAAAAAUAUUCUUGGUCUUUAUCAAUAACUUUUACCCCUUUCUCAGAAGGCAAAAAUAAAAAAAAAAAAAAAAAGCCAACAAAAAUGUGGGGUGGGGAGGAUUAGCAGUUGGUUUUGGUUUUUUUUUUAGUUGGGUUUUGUUUUGGUUUUUUUGGCAUUAAUUGCAUGCACUACUGGUACAGGUUAUAGGGUUUUUGGUAAGUCAUGUGUUGGAUAAAUAGUGUGUCUCUGUGUGUGUGUUUGCACCCAUGCAUGCACACACAUGUGUAGGGGUGUGCAUCUAUUUGAUAGAGCCAUCACAAGGAGGUGUCAUCGUUUUUAUUCUCCAUGAACUGGGGAGAAGAAAGGCACAAAAAAGUAAAGGAAGUUGGUGGCUUGCAGGGUAGCACGUGGAAGGGUUGUUUCUGGUGUUUCCACCUGGUUUGACCAAAACCCAGCCAUCCUGGUCAGUUCUAUGAGAGGUGCAGUGAUAUUUUGCUGCAGAGCCUUCUCUCCCUGCUGCAGCUGGGCUGUGUUCCUGGCCCUCCUCACACCCCUGCACUUGUGGGCUCCCACAUUCCAGGAAGUCUGCUGGCUCUCUCCAUGUCAUGGCUAUUACUUUAAUUUGUCCCCUGAAGCCCAUGAGCACUAAGAUGAAAGGGUAGAACUGUCCUCUGAUAGAUUUGGUGGCAAGUGCAGAGCACAAAAGAACUUAAGGUAUAAAGAAAAGAAAAUAUUUAUAGUCUAAAUGCAAAUUUUAACACCUCAAUGUGACUGUGUAGUUCCUUCUAAAAUAGUAAGUAUAUGAUGUAUUUUUUAAUAGGAAAAAACAAGAUGAAAACAUUUCCUUGUACUUUUUAAAAGCAUUCUAAAGCUGUCACUGACAUUUUAAUGCUUUGUCUUUCAAAUCAGCAUUGAUGGGCCAGCAGUAGGGAACACAUGGGACAGAAAGUACAAACCCCUUGAUCUGGGCCAGGCAUGGUCAGCUGGAUGUGAAAAAAGAGAAAUGGCCUCAGCAAAAGGAGAGAAAGGGCAGAUGUAGUUUGCAAGCCAAGUACAGGACACACUGCAAAAGCAUUGGCCUUUUAUUAUACAUUGGUGGGUGGUGGUGGUGGAUGAGGUUGGCUAUUUUUGGCCAGCAAAAGGAAGCUUUUGCAUUUCUUAAACUCUUAUGUAGUAGAAGGAGAAAGUACAAUAGUGUGUUCUCAUUCAGGUUUUGCUGGGUGUGUGUGUGUCUAAACUACAGCUAACAACUACUGCAAUAACUGGUUGCAUAAACUGAUGCAUAAACAUACAUGACAAAAAAAAAAA